CGCAACCGCUGUAUGACAGCUGUGCUGUGUUAGAAAAUUGGAAAUUAUGAAGUAGAUUUAUUUCUAAAUUAGUGAGUUUAAAUGACAGUUGGAAAAGAAACCAUGGGGGAGCAGCCAAUCUUCACGUGCAAGGCGCACGUGUUCCACAUAGACCCGAAGACGAAAAGAUCGUGGAUGUCGGCCAGCUCCGCGGCGGUGUCGGUGUCGUUCUUCUAUGAUUCCUCGAGGAAUCUGUAUAGAAUCAUCAGCGUGGAGGGGACUAAGGCGGUAAUAAACAGCACGAUAACAGCGAACAUGACGUUCACGAAGACAUCGCAAAAGUUCGGACAGUGGAGCGACGUACGAGCGAACACCGUGUACGGGCUUGGUUUCGCGUCAGAGGCGGAGUUGGGGAAGUUCAUCGAGAAGUUCCAAGAGGUGAAGGAAGCGAUACAAGCUGCGCAAUGCGGUAAACCGGCCAAUGGUUCCGGUGCGGCCACGCCCGUAGCGUCCGCUACUGCGUCACCGCUGUUAGCAGCACGUGCUGCGGGGGACGAACCGCCCGCACAGCUUUCGCCCGCACAGCCAAAAACAGAAAACGACGAAAUGAAUGUACAUCAGCGGGCGCAUUCAGUCUCCUCUACUAUUCAGGGCGGUUACGCGACAGUGGGUCGAGCUGCUCGUGGUCCACUUAGUUCGUCCGCGGGAACCGAACCCGCACCGCCCGACACCGCGGAGCAGCUGCGGUACGAGAACGAUCGGUUGAAGCUUGCGCUCGCGCAGAGUUCAGCGAACGCAAAGAAAUGGGAGGUCGAACUGGCGACCCUCAAGAGCAAUAACCUUCGACUAACAGCCGCUCUACAAGAGAGCACUGCGAAUGUGGACGAGUGGAAACGGCAGCUACACCAGUACAGGGAGGAGGUGGCACGAGCGAGACAUUACGCUGGCAAGGGUGGUGACGCCAAUGAAGUGGAACAACUGCGACAGCGCGUUGCUCAACUCGAGGCGGAGUUGACGCAGAAGAACGAGGAAUUGGCGCAAAUCACCAAGUCCAAGAAGAGUGAACAGGAUGCAGAGGCGAAAAUGGCGCAGAGCCAGCUGGAGCUAGCGAUGGCGGCGCAGGACGGACAGCGGCAAGUGAUACAAGCGCUGAACGACCAGUUGGCUAGGCAGAUUGAUGAGCUGUCAACAAUCCACCGCGAGAUAAACACUGCGCUAGCGACAUGAGGCGCGGCGCGCGCGGGCCCGGCCGUGCUGCCGCUGCUGCUGCGCGCUCCGCCCCCCGCGCACGUGCACACCACACACGUGCUCACAGGUACAGCGCACGCGCACGCCCCGGAGCCGCACUACGUGGCGCUGCCGCCGCACUACUGAACUGAGCUAUCGGUAUUCCGCGUGCAGGACAUGUUCUAGCGUUCCAUUUUUGAAUUUGAAUUUUUUUUUUCGAGUGGUGUAGUGCUUUUUUUUUCUUUCUGAACUGUUUUCAGCCAAUGAUAUAACACCUGAUAAUUUUGUAGUUUUUUUUUGGAGUAGUGUUUUUUUUUUCUGAACUUUUGUUUUCAGACAGUGAUCUCGCUUGAUGGGCUUCACAAUGAGCGUUGAAUUUGAAUUUUGUGUGUUUUAUUCUGACGAGCAUUUGUUGGGCCAACGUUUGCCAUUGUGAAGAAUGCCCAUGAUGUUAAGCGCAGAUGCAGUCCAAUUAGCGUUUUUGUUGCUUUUUUAUUUUUUGUGUGCCAAGUUGGGAUGGUCGUGAUUUUUUAUAGUAAUGGUGAUAUAGAUUUUUUUGUAGAAUUGUUAGAUUUGAUUUAAUAUUUAAUUUUAAAGCAUUUAACUGUUUUAUAAAUUAAACUUUUUCCCGCCCGCCUGAUGAUUUUUUUAUAUUUAUAAAUUUCUCAUUAGUAGGUUGGGUUUGUAAUGUAAUCUGUGCAAUAUAAUUAUGUGUGUGAAUAAAUGUUUUAAUUUUUUUUUUAAUAUGAUUUUAAGAUUUUUUGGAAAUGUUUUUAAAUUCGUUUAAAAUAGUUGUUUGUUGUGUUGAAUUCUUACAAUUUUAAAAUGCAUAAUAUGACUCGCUUCAAAACAACUUACAGUAGAAACAAUAAAAAAAUUGCAAUCAUCCCAAUGCACACGAUUUUAUAUUUCAAAUAUGUAUUUGUUUUUAAAUAUUUAAAAGACAUUUUAAUUGUAUUAUUUUUUUUUCGUCCUAUUUUGUGAACUAACCGUGACAAUCAUAAUUUAUAACUUCCUCUUUGUCAGAUUUAUAUUGUAUUGUAGAGAAAGUUUCUCAUAUUUUACUUAUUUCUAUGUAGAUGUUUUAUUAUAUAGUUCUUAAUGUCGAAUUUGAUUCUGAAAUAUGAACAUAAAUUUUUGAUUCCAGUUUGAUCAAAAUAAGGAAUUUCAAUAGUCGAUUUGCAACUUUUUAUUUAUUUCAUUUUUUAAUAUGCACUGGUAUAUUAUAUUUUAAAAAUGUUGCAAUACGAUAAAUCCUUAUUAUGAUCUAAAAAAGGGUCAUAUUAAAAAAGGAGAAUGACUUUUAACAUCGUAAAGUAAAAAAUAAACUAGACUAUUAAAAAACAUCAUUUAGAAACCAUUUUUAAAAUCUGUAAUUAAAACUUUCUACGUGAAAUGACAUCUUUAUAUUUCAGUUUUAGAAUUAGAUUUAUAAAAUGUUUUCAACAAAAAUUUCAUAUGUCGUAGUGUUCUAGUGAAUUUUUAAUACGUAUUUUUUUUAUUAGUAUUUUAAUGUUUUACAAUAUUCUACCCACCUCUGUUUGUAAAUAAAUUCUUUAUUUAAUUAUUAUCAUUAUUAAAAAAUAAGUAAGUUUUUAUGUCUGUAACAUGAACCUGCGUAGCGGAAUAUCGAUACCUAUCUGUAGCAUUUUAUUAGUCACUUAAGUACUGUUAGCAAAAUAACGAAUUUAAUUAUUAUAGGUAAAUUUAAUUUUUUUUUUAUUGCACACUAUACAAGAUAGCUUUCACAGCUCAAUAUA